UACCCAGCCAAUGCCGACGACUACGAUCUUGUUGAGGAGAUUGGAGUCGGGGCGACUGCCAGGGUCUGGAUGGCGCACUGCAAGACCAAGGACGUCAAGGUUGCUAUCAAGCUGACCGAUCUGGAGAAAUUCCAGGGGAACACAGCCUUGGAUCAGCUGAUCCAGGAAGCACAGGUGAUGAAGGGGUUCCGCCACCCAAACCUGCUCAUGCUGCACUGUUCCUUCAUCCACGGCAGCGACCUGUGGCUUGUGAUGCCCUUUGUGGCCGGCGGCUCACUCGCAAAUGUCAUCGGCUCAAAGUUCCCAGAGGGCAUGGAGGAGGACAUGAUUGCCACCAUUGCCAGGGACGUGUUGCAUGGUCUGCAGUAUCUGCAUGAUCACGACUCCAUGCACAGGGAUUUGAAGGUGGCGAAUAUGCUGGUGUCUGACGACGGCCGCAUCCUUCUGGCCGACUUUGGCGCAUGCGCCACUCUAGAACGCGAAGCGCGGCUGCCCUCUCUAGACACUUUCAUCGGGACCACCGCCUACAUGGCGCCGGAGGUUAUGGACCCCCGGGAAGGGUACACACAGUCAGCGGACAUCUGGUCAUUCGGCAUCUGCCUGCUGGAGCUCGCGCGAGGGAGGGUGCCGGUGAGCGAGUGCUCCUUCACCCGUCAAGUCUUGGCCGUGGUGCAGAACCCCGCUCCUACGCUGCGAGACCACAGCGGCGCCCACAAAUUCUCCCAGGCGAUGCAUGACUUCGUGGCAAAGUGCUUGGACAAGGACGCGAUGGCGAGGUCGGGUGCGGCCGAGCUGCUGAAGCACCCGUUCCUGAAGCGCGCCAAGGACGAGCGAUUUCUGGCGCAGCGGCUUCUUGGCCGUGCCAUGCUCAAGCCAUCGCGCUCGGCGUUCCACAUGCGCAACAGCAACACCUCCCUCGACAGCACCCUGGUACAAUCUCCUGCCGUUAUAAACCCCCAUCUAUUAUUACCAAAUUUUGCAUUUUCGAUGUUGUUAGGGUUCAAGCUUUUGCGCCCCGCAUUCCACAACGCCACUGCGGCAACUGCCCGGAGAAAACCCUGA